AUGCCUCGCUUUGGCGGAUUUGGCGAACGCCGCGGCGGUCCAAGCACCACUGCCGCCACUACAAGCGAUUAUGGUGCCCCAGCUACUCGCUCAAACCCGGCACAUCGUCCAGCCAUCCUCGCCAACCACUGGCUACAUUGGAUCUCGUCAAUCAUCGUCCUCGGCAUCUCAGCCUACUUCAUCGCAAACUACAAUCACAACACCCAUCUCGUCUACUGGGUGACUAUUGCUGCGAUCGAUGCCCUCCUUUACCUGCCGGCACUCGUCCUUCCCGCCCUCGGCUCGUACAAGGGCUACCUGGCGCCUGCGGCUUGGAUCUUCUCCUACCUGUGGCUGACGGCCUUCAUCUUCUCGUCCCAGGACUAUAACUUCAAUUCCUUUGGAUGCGCUCGUUCCCCAUCCGGUGUCAACAAGUGCGGCCUGAAGAAGACUCUGGAAGCGUUCGCAUUCCUUGCUUUGUAA